AUACUUUUUAAAUAUAUAACACCUUCUCAUUUCCUCAUACAUUUCAAAAUAUGAAUAACACAGAGAGUGCAAGCUACAGAGCCGGCGAGGCCAAAGGCCAAGCCCAGGAAAAGGGAAACCAGCUCAUCGACAAGGCCAGCAACGCUGCUCAAUCCGCUAAGGAAUCAAUUCAGAAUGCUGGAUGCCAGGCACAGGCCAAAGCACAAGGUGCUGUGGAUGCUGUCAAGGACGCUGUCAACAAAAAUUGAGCCUCUUUCUUCGACUUUUUGUUUUUUUGGGGGGGAUUUUCAGCUUUUUGUUUAGAUAUAUGCUAAAUAAUACUAAUACUAGCUUUGCUUGGGUCGUCCUACAUGUGACCGAGUCAGGCAUGAAGUUUUUCCAAUGAUAAGCUAAAUAAUACUAGUACUACUAGUACAUUUUUUGUUA